ACAACCCGGCAGACAGAAACGACUAGGAAAUUGCCAAUCCAAAGGCCAGCUGGGCCUUGUAAAAGUUGGAAGGGCUGCAGGGGAGAACGUUCCUCUCUGCUGCCAGGCAGGGUGACCCGAGGUGGCUGCCCCGGGGUUACAGGGGUCCCUCUGCCUCUGAAUGGGUGUGGGAGCAAGGGAGGAGACUGGAGCCUCACUGAAGCAGAGCCCCUGGGAGCCAGGCUUGCUCCUGGAUCUCAUUUUUCACAUGUCUGCUGCACUCUCAACCACCAGCCCUGUCAGAGGAAAGGAGGCGCUUCCUGUUAUUCCGAUUCAAAUCUCAAGCUGGUCAGGAGGAAGCAGGCAGCUGUGCCGAGAGUGGCAGGGCGUCCCAAGAUGGGUGGCCGGUCUCUGCCCUUGCUGCUCCUUCUGGCGGUCUUUACAGUGGCCAUCAGGCUCGAUGCUCCUAAUGGGACCACGGAAGCUGCGGGCAAUGCCAGCGUCUCUCUCGAAGGAAGACCAAAUGUUCAGGGGCCCGAAAUGAAACUGAGCGAGGACAUUGUUUACGGUAUCAUCGGGGCAGGUUGCUGGAGGGACUUUGAGACGCAGAUGGCCAACAUCACAGAGGUGCACUGGUGUGAGUGGAUGGUCAUUAGAAGGCCAUACAGGGACUUGCAGAAGUGCCUGGAAGAAUGGGCAGUACGCCUGAAUUAUGGUUACCCCAACACCUUGGCUCACAACUACAUCACGUACAGCCACAGGUUGUACUUCCGCAACUGCAGCCUGCAGAACGCACUGCAGGACCCCCCAGAGAAUGUUUUGCUGCCUCUGAUCAUAACCCCGAUCUGCCUCAUCCCUUUCUUGGUAACCCUGGUCGUUCUGAAGAGCAAGGAUGGCGAAAUGCAGUCCUGAGUCACCGGCCUUCGCGUAGCAGUGUUGACAGGGUCUACAUGGCCUAGCAGCUUGCAAUGCCGCCGCGAUCCUCCUCUCUUGCUUCCCACGGAAUCGGCCCCUUCUACUCUGACACCACACCCUGGGAUGAGCCACUGUGCCGGAGGCUGAAUCUAGAAAGUAUUGGGGCAUUUUAUGAGUUGUUACUAAUGGGGAGGAGGCACAGAAGGGAAUACCCCUGGACCUUUCGUCAUUGAAGCAAAGGACGUCACACGUCUGCAGCUGACUUCAGCAGCUCUUAAUGGGGCCUAACUGUCAUAGCUUCUGGCAAUUGUAGUGGCUACUGCUGAAAAUCUUCAGUGAGAACGUCCUAGGUCAGGCAUCCCCAAACUGCGGUCCUCCAGAUGUUUUGGCCUACAACUCCCAUGAUCCCUAGCUAACAGGACCAGUGGUCAGGGAUGAUGGGAAUUGUUGGGCAAAACAUCUGGAGGGCCAAAGUUUGGGGAUGCCUGUCCUAGGUGCUUGACAGAAUUGGUUUCCAGAGGGUUGGAUGGUCAUCUGCCGGUGGUUCUUUAGCUGUGGUUCCUGCAUUUCGGGGGGUUGGGCUAGAUGACCCCUGGGGCCCCAACUCUACAAUUCUAUGAUUCUGUGAUAAACCAUGGCAGUUAAAAGAUUAUACAAUAGAUGUGAGCAGACCAAGUUAACCCUCCUCCUUUUACGUAGCAAAGCUCCAUACAGCCUCCUCCCCACUCUGCUGCUCUCGAAGUGCAUGAAGUUUAUAUUGACCCCAUAAACCAAUAAAGCUGUGUAUUUACAUACAA